GCCGUCUCAGGCAUCUGGCUGGUUUCCUGUCUGACGUGUGUCCAACCGGGUUUAUAUUGGACUGACUGAAAAUUGUCAACUUCGAGGCCUUUGUUCCUGCAUGAGUGGAGCUCACCUUCAAUGGUUGACUGACUGGCAGAGCUAUGUCUCCUCCUCGUCUCACCGGUGCAUUACGUUCUUUCUCAACAGUCAGCAAGCAGGAGGACUUCAAUCUCGAGCUUUGUGAUUUAAAGGCCAAACGUGUGAAGAGGCAAGAGCUGUUUGCCAGAGAAGGCCUAACAUGGCCUAAGGUUGUCCAUUUCUUUACACAACACCUGGAGAAGAGGGAGCAACAGACAACCUCUCAGGAGCUGAAAAGUGUUCUGCAAGCAGCCAAGCAGAUAGUUGGUACAGAUUAUGGGCAGGAUAUCAUUGAAAGUGCUGCUGUCUUCUUGUUUAAGACAUUCCACAACAAAGAGCAUGUUGGCCAUGAAGAGACCCGGGCUAUUAAACAGAUGUUUGGCCCUUUCCCAGCUUCUGCUGCUGAGGCUGCCUGUGCUGCUGUGGACCGACUGGUGGCCAAGAUCGGAGAGUCACAGGCAGAGGCUUUCAUCCAGUCCCAGAGUUCUCACCAAUCCCUGGACCAUGGAGCUACGUUUGGACGGAACAUUGCAUUCUCCUUUGACACAUAUGUUCUAGAUACCCAGGAUACUUUACCAUGGGAGGAGGAGCCUGAUGAGAGCCGAAACCUGGACUUCCACAGCUUCCUAAGUAACCAUGCUGGUGGGAGGAGCACUGGGGUAGAGAGGGUGGGCGUGCACUCAUUGGGUGCUCUGGCCCAAAGCACUGCUGACAGUUCUAUCCUCAGAAGAGAGGUGGAGGAAUACUUGAAUGGCGGCAACAUGAUCUCGUCCAGUGCUGAGGAACUUUGCACCUCCCUGUUUGAAAUGCUGGCGUCUACCAAGAGCGACGAUGAAUUACAAAAUGAGCUGUUCGAGUUACUUGGUCCUGAGGGAUUUGAGAUGAUCUCCACGCUUCUGCAGAGAAGGCCCGACAUCGUGGACUCUCUUCUGUCUGCCCUUUCUGACAGCAAAUUCAGCUACCCACCAGAUGGAAUGCUUAAAAGUGGCGAGUCUGUAAAGCCCAUUUAUGGUUGUCAAGUGACCAUUCAGUCAGAGCAGGAGAGGCAAAUGAUGAAGCUUUACCGGCGGGAAGAGAAGAGGGAGAGAAAGAGGGAGAAACGUGGAGAGGACGGAGAUUCCUCUGAAACAUCGUUCCAUUUUGACCCAAAGGAACUGAGACUGCAGAGGGAACAGGCCUUGUUGACUGCUCGUCGAUCUCCAGUGUUGGGUCGCCAGAGAGACUAUGAACGCAUCCACUACCCUCAUGUGUAUGACGCAUAUGCUGAAGCAAGCAAAACCUCUGCUUUCAUUGGGGGCUGCAAGAUGCUGUUGCCUGAGGGCAUCCAGAGAGAGAAUAAUAAGAUGUUUGAGCAGGUUGAUAUCCCCCCAAAUGAGCCCAUGCCGAUUGGAUUCCAGGAGAAGCCAGUCUACAUCUCAGAGCUGGAUGAGAUUGGGCAGCUGGUAUUUAAGGGUAUGAAGAAGCUGAACAGGAUUCAGUCCAUUGUGUUUGAGACAGCCUACAAUACCAAUGAGAACAUGCUGAUCUGUGCACCAACUGGUGCUGGCAAGACCAACAUCGCCAUGCUGACAGUUCUGCAUGAGAUCCGCCAGCACCUGCAGCCCGGUGGGGUCAUACGCAAGGACCAGUUCAAGAUAGUAUAUGUAGCUCCGAUGAAGGCCUUGGCUGCUGAAAUGACUAAUUACUUCAGUAAGCGUUUGGAGCCACUGGGCAUCACUGUCAGAGAGCUCACUGGGGACAUGCAGCUAAGCAAAGUGGAGAUUCUCCGCACGCAGAUGCUGGUGACUACCCCGGAGAAGUGGGACGUGGUGACAAGGAAGAGUGUGGGAGACGUGGCACUGUCUCAGCUGGUGCGCCUGCUCAUCCUGGACGAGGUGCACCUACUGCAUGAGGACAGAGGGCCCGUCCUGGAGAGCCUGGUGGCGCGCACACUGCGUCAGGUGGAAUCAACUCAGAGUAUGAUUCGUAUCCUGGGGCUCUCAGCCACUCUGCCCAAUUACUUGGACGUGACCUCUUUCCUGCACGUGAACCCCUAUAUUGGCCUGUUCUUCUUUGACAGCCGCUUUCGGCCUGUUCCCCUUGGUCAAACCUUUGUGGGCAUUAAGACCACAAAUAAGAUUCAACAGCUUCAUGACAUGGAAGAGGUUUGCUAUGACAAAGUUCUGAAGCAGAUUAAAGCUGGACACCAGGUGAUGGUGUUUGUCCACGCCCGAAACUCUACUGUGCGUACUGCCAUGUGCCUGAUUGAGAUGGCCAAGAAUCGAGGCGAGUCAUUGUUCUUCCAGCCAGAGCAUGGCCCAGAUUAUGGCCAGUGUGAGAAACAGGUGCAACGCUCACGGAAUAAGCAGAUGCGGGAGAUGUUCCCGGAUGGCUUUGGAAUCCAUCAUGCAGGGAUGCUACGGCAGGACCGCACACUUAUGGAGAGUAUGUUCUCCAGGGGCUACCUGAAGGUGCUGGUGUGCACAGCCACUCUGGCCUGGGGUGUCAACCUGCCUGCUCAUGCAGUCAUCAUCAAGGGCACUCAGAUCUACGAUGCCAAGCGAGGUGCCAUGGUGGACCUGGGCAUCUUGGACGUGAUGCAGAUUUUUGGGCGUGCUGGCCGUCCUCAGUUUGACAAGUACGGCGAGGGCACCAUCAUUACCAGUCAUGACAAACUUAGCCACUACCUGACACUCCUCACCCAGCAGAACCCAAUCGAGAGCCAGUUUCAGGCCAGCCUGGCUGAUAACCUUAAUGCUGAGGUGGCUUUGGGAACUGUUACCAAUGUGGAAGAAGCUGUUAAGUGGCUGAGUUAUACCUACCUCUACGUACGAAUGAGAGCCAAUCCACUGGCUUACGGCAUCAGUCAUAAGGCCUACCAGAUGGAUCCAGGGCUGGAGCUCUACAGGAAGGAGUUGGUGGUUGAGGCUGGGAGGAAGCUAGACAAGGCUCGGAUGAUUCGUUUUGAAGAGAGGACUGGGUACUUUGCCUCGACAGACCUUGGCCGGACAGCUAGCCACUUCUACAUCAAGUAUAACACUAUUGAGACAUUCAAUGAGCUUUUCAGCGCCCAGAAAACAGAAGCAGAUAUCCUGAGUAUCGUCUCUAAAGCAGAGGAGUUUGAGCAAGUGAAGGUGCGAGAUGAGGAACUGGAAGAGCUGGAGCAGUUGCUGUGUAACUUUUGUCAGCUGCAGGCUGCUGGAGGUGUGGAGAAUGGUUAUGGGAAGAUCAACAUCCUGCUGCAGACAUACAUCAGCCGUGGCGAAGUGGACAGCUUCUCACUCGUUUCUGAUCUCGCUUAUGUGGCUCAGAACGCUGCCCGCAUCAUGAGGGCUCUCUUCGAAAUUGCUCUGAGGAAGCGUUGGCCAGCCAUGACCUACCGUCUGCUCAACUUGUGUAAGGUGUUAGACAGGCGCCUGUGGGGCUGGGCCCACCCUCUGCGCCAGUUCACCAUGCUGCCCAACACCGUGCUGGCCAGGCUGGAGGAGAAGAAGCUCACUCUGGACAAGCUAAAAGACAUGCGCAAGGAUGAGAUUGGCCACAUGUUGCACCAUGUGAACAUCGGACUGAAGGUGAAGCAGUGUGUCCACCAGAUUCCUGCCAUCCUGAUGGAGGCCGCCAUUCAGCCAAUCACGCGCACUGUCCUGCGUGUGCGCCUCACCGUCACCCCUGACUUCAGGUGGAAUGAUCAGGUCCACGGCUCGGUCUCAGAGCCAUGGUGGCUCUGGGUGGAGGACCCUGUCAACGACCAUAUCUACCAUUCAGAGUACUUCCUCCUUCAGAAGAAGCAGGUGGUGAGCGGGGAGCCACAGCAGGUGGUCUUCACCAUCCCGAUAUUUGAGCCCAUGCCUUCACAGUACUACAUCCGCGCUGUGUCUGAUCGCUGGCUGGGCUCCGAGGCCGUGUGCGUCAUCAACUUCCAGCACCUCAUCCUGCCCGAAAGACACCCCCCACACACAGAGCUCCUGGACCUGCAGCCGCUGCCUGUCACAGCACUGGGGAACAGGGAGUAUGAGAGCCUAUACAAGUUCACCCAUUUCAACCCCAUUCAGACACAGAUCUUUCACACGCUCUACCACACCGACAUGAACGUGCUGCUUGGAGCACCCACCGGCUCAGGGAAAACCAUUGCUGCAGAGAUGGCUAUUUUCCGGGUGUUCAACAAGUACCCUACCUCUAAGGUGGUGUACAUUGCUCCUCUUAAAGCUCUGGUCAGAGAAAGGAUUGAAGACUGGAAGAUCAGGAUUGAAGAAAAACUUGGGAGGAAAGUGGUUGAGCUGACGGGUGAUGUAACUCCAGACAUGCGGGCCAUAGCACAGGCAGACCUGAUCGUCACCACUCCAGAGAAGUGGGACGGAGUCAGUCGCAGCUGGCAGAACCGCAGCUAUGUUCAGAAAGUGGCCAUCCUCAUCAUCGACGAGAUCCACCUUCUUGGGGAGGAUCGUGGGCCAGUGCUGGAGGUCAUUGUGUCCAGGACCAAUUUCAUCUCCUCUCACACCUCCAAGGCUGUGCGAGUUGUUGGCCUCUCCACAGCACUGGCUAAUGCCCGCGAUCUGGCCGACUGGCUGGGCAUUGGACAGGUGGGAUUGUUUAAUUUCCGCCCAUCAGUUCGUCCAGUCCCGUUGGAGGUCCACAUCCAUGGUUUCCCUGGACAGCACUACUGUCCACGCAUGGCCAGCAUGAACAAGCCUGUCUUCCAAGCUAUCCGCAGCCAUUCCCCUGCCAAGCCUGUCCUCAUUUUUGUGUCAUCUCGACGGCAGACACGUCUCACGGCGCUUGACCUGAUUGCCUUUCUGGCUACAGAGGAUGAUCCUAAACAAUGGCUGCAUCAGGAUGAGAGAGAGAUGACAGACAUCAUUGGCACAGUAAGGGACUCAAAUCUGAAGCUGACUUUGGCAUUUGGCAUCGGCAUGCACCACGCUGGUCUGCAUGAGAGAGACAGGAAGACCGUGGAAGAACUGUUUGUCAACUGCAAAAUUCAGGUGCUAAUUGCAACAAGCACACUGGCCUGGGGUGUGAACUUCCCUGCCCAUCUGGUGAUUGUGAAGGGUACUGAAUACUAUGAUGGAAAGACCCACCGCUAUGUGGAUUACCCCAUUACAGAUGUCCUUCAGAUGAUGGGCCGGGCAGGCAGACCACAAUUUGAUGACCAGGGCAAAGCAGUCAUCCUGGUACAUGAUAUCAAAAAAGACUUCUACAAGAAGUUCCUUUAUGAGCCCUUCCCUGUAGAGUCCAGCCUGCUCGGUGUACUUGCUGAUCAUUUGAACGCAGAGAUAGCUGCAGGAACUAUCACUUCAAAGCAAGAUGCCAUGGAUUACAUCACCUGGACCUACUUCUUCCGACGGCUGGUUAUGAACCCCAGCUACUACAAUUUGGAUGACGUAAGUCAUGAGACUAUAAACAAGUACCUCUCCAGUCUUGUGGAAAGAAGCCUUAGAGAUCUGGAAUGUUCCUACUGUAUAGAAAUACAAGAGGACGAGCGUGCCAUCGAGCCUCUUACAUAUGGCCGCAUCGCAUCCUACUAUUACCUGAAGCACCAGACCGUCGGCAUGUUCAAGGAGAAGCUGAAGUCGGAGCUGUCUGCACAUGAGCUGCUGUCCAUCCUCACAGAUGCGGAGGAGUAUGCCGAGCUGCCCGUACGCCACAACGAGGACCAGAUGAACAGCGAGCUGGCUCAGCGGCUCCCCCUGCAGCUUAACCCACACUCCUACGACAGUGCCCACACCAAGACCCACCUGCUGCUGCAGGCCCACUUCAGCCGUGCUCAGCUCCCCUGCAGCGAUUACAGCACGGACACCAAGACCGUGCUGGACAACACCCUCCGUAUCUGCCAGGCCAUACUGGACGUGGUGGCAAAUGAGGGAUGGCUGGUGUCUGCUCUGAGUGUCUGUAACCUGGUGCAGAUGGUUGUUCAGGCCAGAUGGCUUCAUGACUCCUCUCUGCUCACCAUACCUCAUAUGGAGCAGCAGAACCUCUACCUAUUCAGGAGAUGGAGCUCCAAAGGUGGGAGGGAAGGAAAAGGGGGCUAUCAAGGCCCUAUCGAAGGGCUUCCGGAGUUAAUGGCAGCCUGUGAUGGAAGAGAAGCGAUCUUUACAGCCAUGGUGAAGGAGGAGCUUCAGCCCCAGCAGAUCUCACAGGCAUGGGCUUUUCUGAGUCACUUGCCUGUGGUGGAUGUCAGUUUGAGCAUAAUAGGCUGGUGGGAAGGCUGCAGGGAACAGACUGAACGCUCUCUAUCCACCAGCAUCACCAACAUGCGGGAGCAGAGCAGUUGGCUGCCCGUGCAUGCUGACCAGGAGUAUGUGCUCCAGGUGUCCCUGCAGCGAGUCAACAUGGGCCAGCAGAGAAGGAGGCAGGACAGCAGGGCCCAGGCGCCACGCUUUCCCAAGUCCAAGGACGAGGGCUGGUUCCUUGUGCUGGGAGAGGUGGACAAGAGAGAGCUGCUGGCGGUCAAGCGCAUGGGCUAUGUGCGCAACCGAAGUGCAGCAUCCGUAGCUUUCUACACGCCUGUGCAGACCGGGAAGUGCAUCUACACCCUGUAUGUGAUGAGUGACAGCUACCUGGGCUUGGAUCAACAGUAUGACAUCCACUUCAAUGUGACUACAGCCAGCAUCACUUCCCAAGUCAACACCGAGGUCUCUGACAGCAUGGGCAAGAUGUCCAUCGAAUGAACUCCCACUCAGUAGCACCGGCACACCGUUGCCCGGUGUGGCGGGUGAGUGUCACGGUGUGUAGAGCAGUCUUAUACAGGCCACAGUUUGACAGAGCAGCACAGGUGUGAUCGGACUCUGUGUCUGCCCACUUUAAACACUGGCCUUGUAGGAGAUUAUGCAAAGGACUGGAUGUGGGUGCUCAUGAAGUUGUUCCAUUUUUACCCUUUUUCCUUGAGUUCUAUAAUGCAUCAUUGUUAUCCAUGUUCAUAGUGCUAUUGGAUGUGUCAAUCAAAAUAAGACUGCAUUGAAUCUUUGAAAUGCAUUGUGAUGGUGUGAUAGAACUGCUUGCUUAAGUAAAUGGAAUUCAUGUGUUCAUAUCAUCUUAAGUACUCUGUCUGCAAGACUUCACUGUUAGAGCCAAAGAGACUGGAAGGGAUUUAUUUGAACAAGAAUUCAGGGCAGGUGUGUGAAAUGUGCCCCUCUGUGAGGGACUAGAGACUGUACUCUGCCAUAGCCACUUUAGCACAUCUGUUUGUGAAAGUCUUUUUCCUCCCCCUCCCUUCCCCUCUCCUCUUCCCACCCUACUAAAAGCAUCUAGCACAUACAGGUGGCAAACACAUAGUCACAUAGUAAGUCACAUAAAGACACACAAAAUAAUUUAUGCAAAAAAUAAUUUAUGCACGUACGAACUUAAAAAUGUCACAUCAAAUGUCACAAGCUGACUGGUUCAAGGCAAAUGAGCAUAGUUUAUAAACCACUAUUCUUCCUUCUCUAGUUUAGGGUUUUGUUUUAUUCCUGCCAGCUGUUCCCUAAAUGGUUUUGCAUCCAGUGAAAAUAAAGGGAAAUACAUCUUGAAUACA